AUGACGCAACUUCAAGAGGUGGACGUCUCGCCCUACGUCGCGGCGGCGAUUGUCGAGCACGCCAAGCGCCGCGGCGUCGCCUCCGGUUACCUCCUCGGCGUCCGCAACGUCGACAACAUCCACGUCGGGGAUUUCAUCCCGAUGACGAACGCCCCGCCCUACGCGGACGUUAGUUCGAAAAUCUACACCGCCGAGCUCGAUCGCCGGGUGCGGGCGAAGCAGGCCUUUGUUGGGGCCCGCCUGAUCGGCUGGUACGCCGCGGGGAGCCGCCCGCGGGAGACCGGGGAGGAGCAAAUGCGGCUGUGGUGCGAAGCCCCGGCGGCCGCCUUCGCCCGCCGCGUCCCCCGCCAGGCCCUCUACCUCCACUGCGCCCUCCCUUCCGUUGAUGGGGCUGAUGAAACUGGGAGUCCGAAUUCCAACGAAAAUACAAAGCCGGGCUCGGGGCUGAGCCUCCGCUGGAGCGCGCACAUCACGCGGAAUCAACUCGUCCCCGACGAGCAGGACAAGGCGCGGCUGCACACCGUCUGCCUGCGCGUCCUCCCCCUGCGCGUGCGGCUGACCUCGCAGGGCCAUGCCGCGAGCGACGUCGUCCUUGGCCACCUGCAGGGCCUUCUGUCCGGUGGGGAUUCGACCCCCCCGAAGCCCGCGUUGUUGAACCUCGACCACGUCCGCGGGGGUGGGGAGGGGCUUCGGGCCGUCCAGGGGAAGCUCGAGGAGGCGAUCCGUGUGGCCCACACCGCGGCGGGAACCCCCGCCAGCCGCCGCCUUCUUGACCAGCUCGACCGCAUCCACGCCAUCAAAAACGAGGAUCUCGAGACCCACCACCACGCCUCCGCCCGAGAGGACGUCAACACGCAGCGGUUUAAGGACGCGCUGAUGAUUAAGUGCAUGGUGAUGCUGCUAAGAAAAGAAAUCUCCCAGAUCGCCUCCCUCGCCCAUCAAUACCAGGACGGGAAUCGACAAGGGGGGGGGUAUGUGAACUCGGGCCCUCGGAAUUACCUGUAA